AGUAGUCCUGCUAAAUUAAUCGCGACCUGUUUACAGCUGUGUGUUUGUGGUGCGUGUGUAUGUAUUUUCGUAGCGGGGAUAGUGCGAGAGUAUAAAUUUUCAGGUGUCAGGUCUUCCACUAUGGCUAGCAACGGCAACAAGACAACUUCUGUUACCCCCAGCGGAACAAAACAGUUUGCAUUAUUACCAAAAAUCGUCAAUGGCGGCAUUGCUGGCAUAAUCGGUGUAUCGUGCGUUUUUCCUUUGGAUCUUGUUAAGACCCGCUUGCAAAAUCAACAAGUUGGACCAAAUGGAGAGAAAAUGUACAAUUCUAUGCUAGACUGUUUUAAGAAAACAUAUCGCGCAGAAGGAUAUUUCGGUAUGUAUCGUGGGUCAGCGGUAAAUAUUUUGCUCAUUACUCCAGAGAAAGCUAUAAAAUUAGCAGCUAAUGACUUUUUCCGACAUCAUCUAACCACAUCAAAUGGAACUCUACCAAUAACUCGCCAGAUGGCAGCAGGUGGGUUGGCUGGUUUGUGUCAAAUUGUAAUCACAACUCCCAUGGAACUUCUGAAAAUUCAAAUGCAAGAUGCCGGUCGUGUUGCUGCACAGGCUAAAGCAGUAGGAAAGACUAUGCCGAAAGUUUCCGCAACUUCCAUUGCAAUGGAACUUAUCCGUACGAAGGGAAUCACAGGAUUGUAUAAGGGGACUGGAGCAACGAUGCUCCGAGAUGUUUCGUUUUCUAUUGUAUAUUUUCCGUUGUUUGCCACACUGAAUGCACUUGGUCCACGACGUGACGAUGGCAGCAACGAAGCCGUAUUCUGGUGUUCAUUUUUGAGUGGUUGUGCUGCUGGUUCCAUGGCCGCUCUGGCUGUAAACCCGUUCGACGUAGUCAAAACGCGUCUUCAAGCUCUAAAGAAAGUAGAAGGUGAAAUGCAAUUCAACGGUGUUGCAGAUUGUAUUGGCAAAACUUUGAAGCAUGAAGGAAUAACUGCAUUUUUCAAGGGAGGAUUGUGUCGUAUGAUUGUCAUUGCACCUCUAUUUGGUAUAGCACAAAUGGUAUACUUCUUGGGCGUCGCAGAAGCCAUUCUUGGUAUUAAAUCUGGUAAUAAGUAAAGCUGUAAUUAACGUCAUAUAGUGUCACCGUCAUGUUUAUGCUGUGUAUUAAUCUGUAUCGAUUUGAUGCAAUACUCAAAGUUUUGGUUGAUAUCCCGUGAACAGAACAUUCAAUUACAAACGGCAUUACAACAAAAUUCAACAAUAAUGCAAUAUCGAUACCUAACUUAACUACUAUUCACGCCCUAAUCUGUUUCUUAACUCAACAUUGAAAUGGAUGUUUGUUUUUAGCUAAAGGAUUUAGUUUUAUGUUUAAACAAUUCUUGUUUUCAGUAUGUACAUUACUUUUUGUGUAAAUUACUUUACAUAUUCCAUUAUUUUUUGUAAUUGAAAUAGUUGUUCGUUGUUUUGAAACGAUUGCUAUAAUUUUAUAUGUUUUGCAGUGAGCAUGAACUUUGUUCUAAUACUUGACAAAGUCAAUUAAUCGUUAUAAUGCAGAACCAGAGCUUUGGUUCCAAAAGUAGUUCAAGUUUAACAAACGAAUGAAGCAGACUAUAGAUAGUUGUAUUCCGCUACAAUACCAUGUAGAAGGAAUAAUUUUGCGAAAAUAAUGUUAUAGAGAAGCUCUGCAAUUGUGUAAAAGCUUAUAAAUGUGUUCAAUGCAUAUAAUCGCUAAGCUGUGGUGAACCGAAUGGUCCUGCUGAAGGUGUUUGUUCUAAAAGUUGAUCGUUCAAAUGCAUGUUAUUUUGUUCUAUACUGGACCUUGUGCUCUAGUUAUGUAAAUUAUUAGUUAACAAUUAUAAACUGCAGUAACUAAAAAAGUUUAAAUUCAAAGAGAACGAUCUGAAAAUACAUCGAUUGAACUAGGCAUUCAAUAAAAGAAUGAAUUGGCACACUAACUAGCUGUUAAUAAUUGUGGUAUACUUGCUAUCUAUUGUGAGAUACAUAGCUGAUGACCCAUCGAAUAGUGAACUUUGCAAUAAUUGUGGAUUUUAGCAAAAAAGAGCAUUAUGUGUGUAUGAUCAGUAACUAAAUUAGUAAUGAGCGACAUUAGCGAUUUUAUUUACAUUUGAUAAACAUGCACUUCAAGAUAUCUUCACGCAAAGCCUAAAUCCACAUAUCGUUAGCGGCAAGCGUAGACAUCGAGAUAGAAAGAGAGUAAGGGAAAUGCUUUAAAAGAAACUGAUGACAAUAACCAUAAGUAGGAAAAAUGUGUGCUUAAAUGAUGUAAAUUGAUUUAAAAAGGUGAAGAAUUAAAUAUGAUACGGUAUGUAACCUGAAGCAUGGAUUAAUGCAUGAAUGUCAAUACCAUAUAACAAUUAUCAUUCAAUUACAUUACUCCGUCUAACAUAGCACCAAAAUAGCCAACCAAAGCUUGUUUUACUGGACGUGUAUAAUGACUUUUCAUGUAACAAUAAAAAUAUGACUAAA